UUUCUACCCCCUGCCUCCAGACUGCACUGCCACCCCACACUGCACUUCUCAAACCCCAGCUCUCAACCUGCCCUCCAGACUGCACUGUUACCCCCACAUUGAACUGCUGCACCAGUUUCUAUUCCUGCCCCAGAUUGCACUGUUACCCCCCACAUUGUACUGCUUCCCCAGUUUACCCUGCCUCCAGAUUGCACUGUUACCUCCACAUUGUCAUGCUUCCUCCAGUCUCUACUCCUGCCUCCAGAUUGCACUGUUGCCCCCCACAUUGUACUGCUGCACCCAGUUUCUACUCCUGCCUCCAGGCACAGCCCCCCACAUUGAACUGCUGCACCCAGUUUCCUACUCCUGCCCUCCAGAUUGCACUGUUACCUCCACACUGAACUGCUUCACUCCAGUUUCUAUCCUGCUCCAGAUUGACUGCCACCCCCCACUGCAGCCUGCCCCAGCUCACCCCUGCCCAGAUUGCACUGCCACCUGCCUGAACUGCUCCCAGCUCUACCCUGCUCCAGAUUGCACUGCCACUCCACACUGUACCGCUCCCAGCUCCCUACCCUGCCCUCCAGAUUGCACUGCCACCCCACACUGCACUGCCCCAGUUCUACCACUGCUCCAGAUUGCACUGCUCCCCCCACAUUGUACUUGCUGCACCCAGUUUCUCAUUCCUGCCUCCAGAUUGCACUGUACCCCACACUGCACUUCCUGCUCUACCCUGCCUCCAGACACUGCCACCCCCCCACAUCACUGUACUGCUUCCCCAGCUCUACUCCUGUCCCUCCAGAUUGCACUGUUACCCCCCCCACAUUGUACUGCUGCCCCCAGCUCUACUCCCUGCUCACCAGAUUGCACUUUACCCCCUCCCACAUUGUACUUCCACCCAGUUUCUACUCCUCUGCCCACCAGAUUGCACUGUUACCCCCACAUCUCAAUUGCUGCCCCAGUUUCUACUCUGCUCUCCAGAUUGCACUGUUUUCACAUUGCAACUGCCACUCCAGCUCUACUCCUGCCUCCAGAUUGCACUGUUACCCCACACAGGCCAGUUCCAGUUUCUACUCCUGCCCUCCAGAUUGCACUGCCCCACAUUGUCACUGCCCCAGUUUCUACUCCUGCCCUCCAGAUUGCAAUGUUACCUUCCCACACAAAUUGCUGCCCCCCAGUUUCUCCUUCCUCCAGAUUGCACUGUUACCCCCCAUUGUACUGCUCCCCAGUUUCUACUCCUGCCCUCCAGAUUGCACUCUACACCCCCACAUUGCACUGCUUCCCCAGUUUCUACUCCUGCCUCCCAGAUUGCACUGUUACCUUCCCCACAUUGCACUGCUGCCCCCAGUUUCCACUCCUGCCUCCAGAUUGCACUGUUACCCCCCACAUUGUACUGCUUCCCCCAGUUUCUACUCCUGCCCUCCAGAUUGCACUGUUACCCCCCCACAUUCCGUACUGCUUCCAGUUUCUACUCCUGCCUCCAGAUUGCACUGUUACACCCCCACAUUGUACUGCUUCCAGCUCUACUCCUGCCCUCCAGAUCAUUUUCCCCACAUUGUACUGCUCCCCAGCUCUCCUGCCUCCAGAUGCACUGUACACCCCCAUUGUACUGCUCCCAGUUUCCUACUCCUGCUCCAGAUUGCACUGUUACCCUGCCACAUUGUACUGCUGCCCCCAGUUUCUACUCCUGCCCCUCCACAUUGCACUGUUACCUCUCCACAUUAUUGACUUCCAGGAGUCUUCUGACCCUGAAGGAACUGCCACCAACUGGGAUCUGUCAAGUGCCCAGAUCCUCUCAUAA